GGUUGGCUCGACGGUCGUGUGUGCGUAUGUGUGAAAGCAGCCCUCAUUUCAGCAGGCUAUUACACCCCGACAGCAGUCCGCUGCACUUGCUCAUGGUUGUUGUUCGAUGGUGGAGGGGCGGUCGGUUUUGUGCUCUGGGUUCUCAUAACCCCCGUGAGUCCGAGGAUAAAAUGACGAUGAGGAAGUGAACCUCCGCGAGUCUUUGCGAGAGCAGCCCGUACCCGUGUGUCGAUGAGCGAAGAUCCUGACGAAUUCGUUUCGUACUGACUCUCGUCCAUCAGUCAAAGACAGCUGACGGUGCCAGCCUGAGUUUGCCGCGCUCGGAAGGCUCAGUCUUAACUCUUGUGCCAAAAUGGAUCAUCUUCCAGCGUUGAAGUGCUCUACGCAAGAGGACGUCUAUCUCCUCAGCGCCGACAUCGGCCGCGAAAUCGAACACCUGGUAGAUGUCUUCGGCGUCGAUUCAGUUAAAUCGCUUGUGCCCAAAUUGAUUCGAGUGCUGGAAUUUCUCGAAACAGCUGUACGCCAAAACGAAACGCUCCGUGAGGAGGCCGACCAUCUCCUUCAGACUGUCAAGCAGCUCGAAUACGAUAAAAAUGAAAAAGCCGUCUAUCGGAAAAAAUUCGAACAGGAGCUCGAACAAAUAGAAGAUAUGUGGCGGAGUGAGAUGAAGGAUCUGUCGUGCCUCGUGACGCGCUUGCAGGAGGAAAACACACGUUUGAGUUCUAGUCUACGGGAGAAAACCGAAUCCAUGAUUCAAGACGAAUCGACAGAUGGAGGCCCGGGAGCUUGUGAUAGUGGAAUAUUCACGAACGGAUUAUCUCAGUCCGACAUAGAAAUGCUUAAUCGUCUGAAAGAAGCUUUCGACCGACAAGCAAGCCAGCUUCACACUCAGGAGAAAGAGCUCGCGCAACGACUCCAGGACAUCGAGAGCCUUGAACACCAGGUCGAGAGGCUGCAUAAAGUCAAUGCAGACGGUUGCGCGAAAGUCCGAUCGCUCGAACACCAAGUCAAUAUAGUCACGGGGGAACGAGAGGAAAUAGCUAGUCGUUUGGAGGACAUACACCGAGAACGCGAUCAGCUGAGAACGCAAAUUUCACUGGAACGCAAAGACAAACAAGAUGAGCUGCUUGAAGCGGUCAUGAGGAACUCACCGCCAAGCCUCACAGAGUAUAAAAAGGUGUGCCAAGAUAAAAAGGAGCUCGAAGCUCGCGUGAGAUUCCUCGAAGGAGAAUUAGAGUUCUACAAACCACCGGUAGCUAAAACGCCGUCAGAAGACUCUGGUGGCGAGGAUGAAAGAAUACAACUUGAAGGCGAAGAGGAAUUCCCUGUUCAGGGACCGAUCAACAAGGAGCCGGAUGAGAAAUUGGAUUUUUCUCGGGAAAGCACGUUGGGCAUAAAGCGAUUCUUUCCGAAGCUUUUCUGGACCUCACGGAGGAGUUGAUCAGAAUACCAUAUCAAGCCGCAAGUGGACACGCAGAUCAGUCCCGCGGGCGUUCGGCGUCUCCUACUCUGACGCUAUUCAACAUAAGCAUAGUGCCACCAUCGAUGUCGGAUCUCGCGUCUAUUCAAGAAAACGCCUGGAAUGAUUUCUUCCUGGAUUCGUCGAGGAACUCCAUUUGAGAUUCAUCGACGGAGUCAUCCGCUAACAAGACGCGGACGCUUGUGGGAACUAUACGUAUGAGAGAACUCGAUUCGAAUCGAGCUCGCUUAGCGUAGUCUACGGCAUUGAGAUCCCACGCACUGUGAGGCCAGAACAAAAAAGUCAUAGGGACCGAAUACAUAGAGAAGCUCACCAAAACACCCGUUGAAAAACUCCGAUGGGAACGUACCUAGGUCGGAAUUAUGUAGCUUUGUUAAUUUACGCAGAUGUUGCGAACGUCGUUGUCAUGUUGGCUCCACAUCGGUCCAUAGUCGUAUACUCUGUACAUCGGAAAUUUCCGCCGUCUGGUCGGAAUCUCUAUUUCAGAAUCACGCUCCGUUUCCCAUAUUGUUCUGUUCUCGGACGAUGUCCUCAAAACGACGACUCUGGUCUGAUGUUCUAGCCAACGAGUUGAGAUGAGCGAACUGACCGAAAAGCCGAUCAUAAUCAUAUCCUUAAUAUAUUAAACAGAACCCGACUCGAUCCCAGCUGGAAAACGAAAUUCGUCGUCGACGUGCGGACCAUGCGGGAAGAGGGAACUCUCCCUGCGGCAUUCGUGAUAAUCGCGACCUGGGGAUAUCAGAGGAUCUUGUAUGAUAUCAGAGCCGGGAGGGGUGGGGGUAACUUAUCAUAAACUAUUUAUCUAUAGGCAGUCCUGGGCAUAGACAGGGGGUUGCGGAGAACGUGUGCGAAGCGUACCGGUUUCGGAUCACUCAAGAGGGAUAACAUGGGGGGCUACCUGAUGUUGAUCAGGCCAAUCAUUCGCCACCCCUAUUGGAUUCUAAGGCGCCACCCCCUGCGACGAGUUAUGGACCAAGAUCUUAUAAUCCUAGGCGCCCUAGGUCCAAAACAGGAACAUGGCGCGAAAUCGGUAUGCUUCCCCUGGAUGUCAUUCGAAGGUGAUCCGGGCGCGGGGAUCUGGGACAUAGGGGCGCACCCAAGUUCCCUUAUGUUAGGUGUUUGAGUGCUCCCGACUUCCCCGCAGAUAGUCCCCAAGGCCAGGGAGCCUCGUAGUCGAUGUACCUUCGAGAGAAUGCCGUCGAGUACAGUUCAAGGCCCGGAAAAACUUAGGCUCAUCGUUAAAUAAAGAGGCGCACAAACGCACCUAUGUGACGUCAGAGU